AUGAAAUCGGAUGAUGUACACGAUGAUGGAUAUAAUGACAUUGACGGAUAUCCCAGAGAUGAAAAGGAUGAAUAUAACAAUGGAUAUAAAUAUUUUGGUGGCAAAUAUUAUCCUCCAUGUGGUGGAUAUAAUUUCCCAAAUAGUGGAUAUAAACCCUCACAUGACAAUUAUAACAACAAAUAUAAAGCUCUUGGUGGUGCAUAUAACAAUGGAUAUAAGCCUCCAAGUGGUGGAAAUAAACCCCCACAUAGUGAAUACAACCCUCCAAGUGGUGAAUACAACCCCCCACAUGACAAAUAUAAACCUCGGUGUGGCGAAGAAAACCCCCCACAUUACAGAUAUAAAUCCCCUAGUGAUGAGUAUAAACGUCCACGUUAUAAAUCCCCUAGUGAUGAAUACAAAGCUCCAGGUGACAAACAUAACCCUCCACAUGAUAAGUAUAAACCUCCUAGUGACGAAUACAAACCUCCAAGUGACAAAUAUAACCCUUCAUAUGACAAAUAUAAACCCCAUAGUGAUGAAUACAAAUCUCCAGGUGACAAAUAUAAAUCUCCUAGUGAUGAAUACAAACCUCUAGGUGACAAAUAUAAACCUCCUAGUGACGAAUACAAACCUCCAGGUGACAAAUAUAAUCCUCCACAUGACAAAUAUAAACCUCCUAGUGACAAAUACAAACCUCCAGGUGACAAAUAUAACCCUCCGCAUGACAAAUAUAAACCUCCUAGGGACGAAUACAAACCUCCAAUUGACAAAUAUAACCCUCCACAUGACAAAUACAAACCCCCUAGUGACGAAUAUAAACCUCAAGGUGACAAAUAUAAUAACCCAUAUGACAAAUAUAAACCCCCUAUUGAUGAAUACAAACCUCCAGGUGACAAAUAUAAACCUCCUAGUGACGAAUACAAACCUCUAGGUGACAAAUAUAACCCUCCACAUGACAAAUAUAAACCUUCUAGUGAUGAAUACAAACCUCCAUGUGACAAAUAUAACCAUCCACAUGACAAAUAUAAACCUCCUAGUGACGAAUACAAACCUACAGUUGACAAAUAUAACCCUCCACAGGACAAAUAUAAACCCCCAAGUGACGAAUACAAACCUCCAGGGCAUCUUCAAACGGCUAUUGACAUACCUCGUUUAGAAGAUCAGUGA